CGAUCAUAUUUCUUAUCGAUUAGGUAGUCCACCCAGCACUUUUCUCUCCUCACAACACCAGCGACAACUACUGCUAUAUACACAUCACCCUCUCAUGCAGAGGACCAGAAUACCGCCACCAUGUCUCGCCCCGAAGACAUCCUCCCGCCCGAUCUAUUCUACAAUGACACCGAAUCGCGCAAAUACACGACAUCCUCACGCAUCAAAAACAUCCAGGCCGACAUGACCAACCGCGCCCUCGAACUCCUCGACCUCCAAGAAUCCUCCUUUAUCCUCGACAUUGGCUGCGGCUCUGGCCUCUCGGGAGAAAUCCUCUCGGAAAACGACCACGUAUGGUGCGGAAUGGACAUUUCAUCCUCGAUGCUCGCGCAAGCUCUCGAAAAGGAUACCGAAGGAGACAUGUUUCUCGCAGAUAUCGGACAAGGCGUCCCGUUCCGCGCAGGGACUUUUGACGCUGCCAUUUCAAUUUCUGCUAUUCAGUGGUUAUGUAAUGCGGAGACUUCGGAUGUGUCACCCGAGGGGAGGUUGAAGAGGUUUUUUGAUGGGUUAUAUGCGAGUUUGAAACGAGGAGGGAAGGCAGUGUGUCAGUUUUAUCCCAAAAAUCAGUUGCAGAAGAGUUUGAUCAGUAAUGCGGCGGUUAAGGCGGGAUUUGGAGCGGGUAUCUUGGAGGAUGAUCCGGAGACGAAGAAUGUCAAGUACUAUCUGGUGUUGACGGUGGGAGGAGGGGAUGUGAGAGGGGCAGUGAGUGGGAUGGAGGGUGUGGAUGUCAUGGAACGGGAGAAAAAGUCGAGUGUAAAGAGAGGGAAGGAACAAAAGGGGAGCAAAUCGUGGAUUCUGAGGAAGAAGAGUCAGAUGGAGGCCAAAGGGAAAGUGGUGAAGAGCAAUUCCAAGUAUACCGGCAGGAAGAGAAAAGUCGCGUGGUGAGCUGGUCUUUUGCUAGUUGCAGCUUCACCACACCAGCCAGGACGCCUGAAUAGCAGGCUGAAUCCCACGCUCUCCUUCUGUGAUUUGCGCGUGUGUGUGAGAGAGAGCGGAGGAAAUCCACGGGCGGGAUCUGGAACACUACGACCACUCAUCAUCGUGGGUCUAGGCCUCGCUACAACCGCACUGAAAAGGGAUCCAGAACAUCUCACGGGACCGAAGCAACCUGCGAGUCCAUCACAUGUCUCAUAUGCUGUGUGAUCCAAGGAAAGAAGAGACACCUUAUUAUACUCGGCACACUCCACACACCCUCGAGGACCCUGGCUUCUUGACGACUUAACGAACAAUACUACGACUCUUGCCGCCAGGAGAAAAAAGAGAGAAAAAGCAAGGAAAAUUGUCUACUAAAUACGCUGAGCAAGGUUUCAGCAAAUAGCGCUUAACAAACAACAACCGCUACAAAACUUUGAGCGGCUUCAUCAGUAGCGAGACAGCGGGCGCUAAUCUCUCCCU